AUGAGAUUCUGCAUGUGGGGUAAGCUUAGCCCCAGGUAUAUCAGGCCCUUUGAUAUUCUCAGGAGAAUUAGAGAGGUUGCUUAUGAGUUGGCCUUGCCUCCAAUAUCUUUAACUAUACACCCUGGUUUCCAUGUUUCUAUAUUGUGCCGGUACAUUCCAGAUGUGUCCUACGUGCUUCAGUAUGAUUCUCUUGAGUUGGAUGAUCGCCUAACUUUUGUUGAAGAGCCAAUUUCUAUUCUAGCCAGAGAUGUUCACCAGCUUCAUUCUAUGUCCAUCCCUGUGGUUAAGGAUCGAGCACCAGCUACCGAUGUGAAUAGAUCGAGCAUGUUGCAGUCAGCUCUGGAGACCAGGGUACUUGGACCCAAAUACUCCCUGCCUCUGGAUGAAUAG